GCGGAGAGCCUGAACUGUGGCAUGGCUCUGCGCGCUUUGUUUAUCGUGUGGGCGCUUAUCGUCGGCGGCGGCGCCGUUUAUAACAGGGAGCGUGACCGCCUUCGCGCCGAUCCUCGUCUGCUAGAUCGUGCUUGUGAACUGAGUUCCUGUUAUCCUGCUACGGGCAAUUUGCUGAUAGGACGUGAAUCCCGACUUUUCGCCUCUUCGACAUGUGGCCUCUACGGCCGUGAGCGCUACUGCAUCGUUUCUCAUUUAGAGGACCGAAAAAAAUGCUUCUGGUGUGACUCUACCAAUAAUACAAUACACAAUCCAAACUUGAAUCAUCGAAUACAGAAUAUAAUUUACAAGUUUUACCCGGGAACGAGAAACAAAUCUUGGUGGCAAUCAGAAAAUGGCAAGGAAAAUGUUUCGAUUCAACUGGAUAUGGAAGCCGAAUUUCAUCUUACUCAUUUGAUUAUAAAGUUCAAAACGUUUCGACCGGCGGCUAUGUUAGUAGAGAGGUCUUUUGAUUUUGGAAAAACUUGGCGCGUUUAUAGAUACUUUGCAUAUAAUUGCGAUGAAUCUUUCCCUGGUAUUCCAAAACACUCCCAACGAUCUUUGACCGAAGUUGUUUGUGAAUCUCGAUACUCAGGAGUCGCUCCUUCCACAGAGGGCGAUGUAAUAUUUAGAGUAUUGCCCGCAAACAUAAAUGUUACGAAUCCAUAUUCCGAAGAAGUGCAAAACUUAUUACGAAUGACAAAUCUACGAAUAAAUUUUACGAAAUUACACACACUCGGUGACGAUCUUCUUGAUAACAGAGCUGAAAUACACGAAAAAUACUACUACUCCAUAUAUGAAAUGACUGUGCGCGGUUCAUGUUCCUGUUAUGGUCAUGCGUCUCGAUGUUUACCAAUGCCCGGAGUGGAAUCGAAAAAUAAUAUGGUGCAUGGCCGCUGUGAGUGUACUCAUAAUACGCGGGGACUGAACUGUGAAUAUUGUGAAGACUUUUAUAAUGAUUUACCUUGGCAACCGGCGGUAGGAAAAACGUCAAAUGCUUGUAAACGGUGUACAUGCAACAAUCACGCUACUACUUGCCAUUUCGAUCCUGCUGUUUAUAAUAAAACUGGUAAAAUAAGUGGGGGAGUUUGUGAUAAUUGUCAACAUAAUACAAUGGGAUUAAAUUGUGAACGGUGCAAACCUAAGUACUAUAAAGACCCGAACUUGGAUAUACAAAGUCCCGAUAUUUGUAAACAAUGUGACUGUGAUCCCGACGGUACAACUGAUAAGGAAAUUCUUUGUGACGAUGAAACAGACCCGGUGUACAACAAAACUGCUGGGCGUUGUCUUUGCAAACUAAAUGUAGAUGGCUUAAGGUGUGAUAGAUGUAGGGACGGUUAUUGGAAUUUUGAUCCUAAAAAUCCAGAUGGUUGUAUUUCAUGUACUUGUAAUAGUCUAGGUACAAUUAAUGAAAGAGGAUGUGAUCAAUUAACAGGCAAUUGCUUCUGCAAACGUCAUGUCACAGGUAGGAAUUGUGAUCAGUGCUUACCUGAGUUUUAUGGCCUAUCCGACACUGAUGACGGCUGCUUACCUUGUGAUUGUGAUGUGGGCGGUUCCAUCGACAGAGACUGUGAUGUUAUAACGGGACAAUGUAAAUGUCGGCCAAAUGUAACAGGACGCAGAUGUGAUCAACCUAUACAAAAUUUCUUUGUGGGAGCUCUCGACUCUAUAAUCAUAGAAGGUGAGUCAAGUCAAUGUGAUUCUCAAAUAGACGAUAAUGCUAUACAAAGUCAAGUUUGUCAUGUUGUUAUUAGAGAAAACUUCCCAGAAGGAAGAGAAACAUGGACAGGUCCUGGAUUUAUGAAAAUACCAGAAGGCAGUACCUUGGUGUUUGUCGUCAAUAAUCUAAAAACUAGUAUGAAUUAUAACGUGUUGAUUAGGUAUGAACCACAGUCACCUAUGAACUGGGAAGAAGCAACUAUAUUAGUGAAGAGGCUUUUACCAAUAAGUUCUGAUUCGCCUUGUGCAAAUGUUCGCCCUGAAGAUGAUACUGUUUAUACGAACUUACCAGCUAAUCAGCGUAGUGUUCUUGUAAAACCAGCAGUUUGUUUAGAAAAAGACAAAGAAACUGAAAUCAGGAUUUAUUUAGGAAGACAAGAUGGUCAUACUUCAAAUUCUAGAGCUUCAGUUUUAAUUGAUUCGAUUGUACUUAUUCCAUCGUUCGAAGACUUGCCAUUUUUAGCUAAUGGAAGCUCCAUGAGAGAAGAGUUCGAUAGAUAUGAUUGUGGUAAUGCAUAUUAUUAUAGUCUCAAUAGAGAUACAGUACCAGAAAUUUGUAAAAAGUAUCAUGCUAGUAUAGGUUUUUAUAUACGAAACGGUACUGAAUCAUGUCAAUGUGACCCAUCGGGAUCAAAAAGUCAUCAAUGCAAUCCCUAUACAGGAUACUGCCAAUGUGUUGAAAACAUUGUAGGACCAAGGUGUGAUCGCUGUGCCCCUGGAACCUAUGGAUUUAGUAAAUUUGGUUGCAAACGUUGUGAUUGUAAUAGCAUAGGAUCACUUGAUAAUUUUUGUGAUGCUACAAGUGGACAAUGCAGAUGUAGAGCUAAUACUUAUGGACGCGCUUGUGACUUAUGUCAACCAGGCUAUUUCAACUUUCCUAAUUGCCAGCAAUGUGAAUGUAAUGGACAUGCAGUGGAAUGUGAUGAUAAAACAGGUGCUUGUAAAGAAUGCACAGAUUACACUGAAGGACAUCGUUGUGAAAGAUGUGUUGAUGGAUACUAUGGAGAUCCACGCCUUGGUGUAGAUAUCUCUUGUCGGCCUUGUCCCUGCCCGGGUGUUAUUGGAGAUUCGAAUAAAAAUAGCCACGCUGAUCGGUGUGAGUUAGACCCUGAUACUAAGGAUGUAGUUUGUGACUGCAAGGAGGGUUAUGCAGGUCUCCUCUGUGAUGUCUGUGCUGAUAAUUAUUAUGGAGACCCUAUAAAAGGAACAUGUGAAAAAUGUGAAUGCAAUGAUAACAUUGAUAUCACUAAACCAGGAAAUUGUGAUCCAUAUACAGGAAAAUGUUUGCAGUGCUUACAUAACACAGCUGGAGAUAACUGCGAAGUCUGUCAAAAAGGUUAUUAUGGAAAUGCCAUUGAAAAAUCGUGUAAUAAAUGUAACUGUUCGGUUUUAGGUACGAAUUUUACAAUAGGAAACUGUGAUGGUAUAACUGGACAAUGUCCUUGUUUCAAUAAUGUGAUGGGAAUCAAUUGUGAUCAGUGUACAGAAAAUCACUGGAGAAUAGCUUUGGGGACAGGAUGUGAUCCCUGUGACUGUGACCCAAUUGGAUCUUUAUCUCCUCAGUGUAAUCCAUAUAUCGGAAAAUGUGAUUGCAUACCAGGACACGGUGGUAGACAAUGUGAUCAAUGUCAAGAAAACUUCUGGGGAAAUCCUAACGUAGAGUGUCAUGAAUGUAAAUGUAAUAUAUAUGGAUCACUAUCACAACAGUGUAUGCGAGAAAAUGGUUCAUGUAUUUGUAGACCAGGUAUAGGUGGAUAUAAUUGUGACACUUGUGCAAGAGGCUACCUCGGCGAGGCACCAAACUGUUAUGCAUGUGGCGAAUGUUUUGAUAACUGGGAUAGACUUAUAAAUGAUCUACGAAUUCAAACUGAAUUUGCUAUUGCCAAUGCCAGUAAAAUAAAAGUUGUUGGUGCGACAGGCGCUUACACAAGAGAUUUUGAUGAAAUGACAAAGAAGUUAACGGAUGUAGAAAAUAUGCUUUUAAGUGCCAAACAAGGACAAAAAACCGUAAGAUAUUUAUUAGCUAAUAUAACCACGUUGCAAGAACAGCUUAUUGCAGCCGAAGAAAAAGUAAAAGUAAGCAAUGACCAUCUUAAUGAAGUCACAUCUAAAAUUAAUUUAGGUAAUGUUACUUUGGAUGGCCUAAGAAAAAGUAUAGAUAUCUUAAAGUUGAAAACUAUUGAUUUAGGUAAUAAUGCAACCAAACUACAAGAAGCCAAUUUAGAAGGAGCUUUAAACUUAACCCGUGAGGCAAAGCAGAGGGCAACAAAGGCAUCUGAUGAAGCAGAAAGUGUUCAAACAAUAAUUGCCAAUACUGAUAGACAAAUAAAAAAUACAGAUCGUCUUAUAGAACUUCAGUAUAUGCACUUUAAUAAUACUCAAAAUGAAAACGAUAAAAAACUUGAUGAUAUACAAAGUCAGCUAUCUAACUUGGAGUCUCGUGUGCCGAAAUUGAAUGAAAAAAUGUGUGGUCAAGAAAGUGAUAACUGUGAUAUAUGCGGUGGAGCUGGUUGUGGAAAAUGUGGUGGAAUAUCCUGUGAUCAAGGUGCAGUUACUAAAGCAGAGCAAGCAUUAGAUUUUGCAAAUAAAACUGAACAUCGGAUUAAGGAACACGAACUAACGGCAGAAGACUUAUUUAGAUCAAUUUCUCAGGUGAAACAAGAUACUAUUUUUGUCCGGACUAAAGCAAAGGAUUUAUUUAAUAGAGCAAAUGAUUUUAAAUCAUCAUCUGAGAGAAUAACAAAUGAAAGUAUUGGAUUAACUGCUGACUUGAAAGAGUUUUUGUCUAAUACGUCUAAUACCCCAGCUGAUGUUAGAACCUUGGCAAAUGAAAUAUUAAAUCUUUCAAUAAGUAUCGAACCAAAAGAGAUAACGGAAUUAUCGCAAAGAAUCAAUUCAACUGUAUCACAACUGACGAAUAUUGAAAAUAUAAUAACUGAAACCAAACCGGAUUUGGAAAGAGCGAAAGCUCUCAAGCAAAAUGCUACAGCUGUAAAUAAAUCUGCGAAUCUUACUUUGGAAAUGGCAAAUAAAGUUUUAAAAGCAUUGGAUGAAGCACAAGCUGCACAAGACGCCGCAGAAAAUGCUAUCAACAAGGCCAAUAGUGACAUCAAAGCUGCAAAAGGUGACUUAGUACCCAUAGCUCAAGAAACUGAACAGGCUCAGAAAAAAGCAAACGAAACAAAAGACGAAGUGGAAGCAUUAAGAUUGCGACUCUCAGAUUUACAAAAAAAUAUAUUGAAAAUUGAAAGCGAUGCUGAGCAAGUGAAACAAGAGGCUAAUGAUGUUGUCAAUAGAGCAGAAGGCGCCGAAUUAAAAGCUAGGCAAUUGCGACAGGAUUUCAAACAAACAAACAUGUCCCUUUCUGAGCGCGCUAGUCAAACCUCAAAUUCCAGAGAACGCGCUCAAUUAUUGCUGAAUCGUGCUACAAAACUAGCUAGUGAAACACAAAUGCAACUAAAGCUACUUGCUAACAUGGAAGAACUGUAUAACGACCACAACGCACAGUUAAAUACACUAGAAAAGGAAAUUGGAGAAUUAAAUAAUUUAAUGAAUUAUUACCUAUCUGAAAUAACAAAACGAUCAGACUACUAUAGAUCAUGUACAACGUAAAGUGACUUUGGCGAGGGAAUGAAUAUUCGAAAGAAUGGUUAUUGUCUGCCCGAGUGCCAUAGUACUUCAUUUUAACAAAUAGUCAUAGUCAUUGUUGAUUCUUUUAUAAAAAUGUAGUUAGACUGCAACAUGUAUGUAUUGUAUUUGGUUAUUGCAAAAAUAAUGUCGCCUGCACUAAAUUGAAAUAUAUAUGUACUUCUGAUAGUUGAUUAUUAUGCCAUUUUAUUGACAUUAAAUAAUAAAUAUACGUAAUAAGAAAUAAAUAGUUACCGUCAAUAAAGAUUGAAGGUAUCGAUAAUCUGCAAGUUAUUGCCGACUGAUUCUCUAAUUCUUCAGAUUUUUUUUUCUAUAUUUGUCUUUGAUCACGUAUCUUGCUCUGUAAAUUAGAAGAUAUAAAUCAUCAAUACAAAUUCAAGUUUGAUUUUAUUAAUGAUGAUGUUUGAGUUGCUUAUUUUUUAAAUAAAUAAUGAUUUUUAUGAAAAAGAAUAAGAUAAAUUAGUUGGAUAUUAUUAAAACUAUUAUUCCAAAGACUUUUCAUAUAUAAUUGUGAAUUAUUUUAUUUGUAUUAUAUUAAAUACUCGUCUUUUAAGUUAUAAGGUUAAAUUAGCAGAAUGUGUGUAUGUACUGUUAGCUAGAUUUUAAAUCCUAAUAUGUGAAAAUAUUUUUCAUUUGUGUAUAAUUAAUAUAAAAAGUAAUAGUUAUGCAAUUUGUAUCAAUUUUAACGUUAUCGUGACGACUACGAAGUGUUCGUUAAUUUAAUGUUGUAUGUAGAAGUGCGAAAUGUUUUGUAUGUAUUAUCUAUCUAUUGUAACAAUAAGCCGUAUGUGCCAUAUUCUUAAUAUCCUAUAUUUAUUUAAAUUUAUUGCAUUUAUCUGAAUUCUAAACUUUAAACAGACUUGUUUAAUACUAAGAUUUCCUAUUUUUUUUAUGUAUACAUAUUUUUAUAUUGACAAUUUUAGAGACUUUAAUAGUCAUAAUGUAUUGCAAUGCACCGAUACUUAAUUGUGAAUAAAACUUUAAUUAAAACUUGUAGAUAUUUUUAUUUUUUAUCCUCUAUAUUUAAUCUUAUGAUUCUUCGAAUUUGGCUUUCAAUAAAAUAUAUGUAAGUAAGGGUACUGA